CUCUUUCUCUAUCAUCCUUUUUGUUCAGAAUGCAUAAAUAUUAUAAGAAAGAGAGACGAAGUCCUAGUUAAUGUCCAAACACCAAUCUACCCAAUCGGAAGAAAAAAGCUAAUCCCCAAACCUAAAAGGCUUUUCUUCUCUCUUCUUCUUUAUCUUCUAUUUCUCUCUUCAUUGUUCUUCACCAUGUCUAACGAAACCAAAUAUCUCUGCAACUACCAAUACCCUUCAUCUUUCUCUUUGCACGAAAUGAUGAAUCUUCCUUCUUCAACUCCAUCUAGUUAUGGAAACAGCCGUUUGGAUCCAUCUUCCUACUCGUACGACUCUCUACUUCAGAAAACUUUUGGUCUUUCUCCCUCUUCAUCAGAGGUUUUCAACUCUUCCAUCGAUCAAGAAUCAAAACGCGAUGCAUCUAAUGACGCUACCGGUGAGACUCCAGCUAGAGUUUCUGCAUCUUCUUCCUCUAGCGAGGCUGGUCAUCCCGGCAAAGAUUCUGGUAAGAGCCAAAAGAAACGAGAGUUAUCUGAAGAUGGAUGUGAAGAAAAUCAAAGUUCCAAAAAACUAGGGAAAACUAAAAAGAUGGAGGAGAAGAAGAAACAAAGAGAGCCACGAGUCUCGUUCAUGACUAAAAGCGAGGUUGAUCAUCUUGAAGAUGGUUAUAGAUGGAGAAAAUACGGCCAAAAAGCCGUCAAAAACAGCCAUUACCCAAGGAGUUACUAUAGAUGCACAACGCAAAGGUGCAACGUGAAGAAACGAGUGGAGAGAUCGUUUCAAGAUCCAACGGUGGUGAUUACAACUUACGAGGGUCAACACAACCAUCCGAUUCCGACUAAUCACCGGGGAAGUUCCACCGCGGCUGCUAUGUACUCAGCUAACUUCAUGAAUCCGAGAAGUCUUACACAUGAAAUGUUUCCGACGGCUGCUUAUACUAGCAGCGGUUCCGCAGCGUCGGCUUAUGGAUACGGGCAGAGUGGUUAUGGUAAUGCCAACCCUAAUUCUUAUCAAGAGUAUCGCCAAGGAGAAUAUGAGCUCUUGAAAGAGAUAUUUCCUUCCAUUUUCUUCAAGCAAGAGCGUUGAUCGAUUAAAACUAUAAACUACAUAUAUACACCUCUCUACUUCUAUUUUCUAUAUAUACAUAUAUUGGAAGAGAGAAAUACCAAUAUAUAUAUAUAUAUAUAUGUAACUUAAGACCUAUUUUUGUCUCUCUUAUUUGCAUGUACAUACUUUUUUUUCAUGAGAGAUUGAUAUAUAAAUUAGGCCUGGAUUAUA